UUUGAUACUUUACGGUGGUUCGGAAACUCGUACCUGACGUUUCGGUUGUCCAAAGGUAACAGUAACCUGUUGCAUUUUUUUUUUUGGUAAUAGUGGAAAGUGUAGUGAAGACCAGCCAACAUAUCCGAUAUUAAGUUUAAAUGCUGUUAAACGAGUGUUUAAAAUUGUACAUUUAUUAACGGAUAUAACUACACGGCAAACUUGUAUGCAACAAGUGCUUUUUUCGAGUUUUCGUGAAAACACAACAAAAUCAUACUACAUAAUUGCAAACCACCGCUUUGCGGAAAUAAAUAAGGAGUACAUUUGGCUCUUGAAAAGCUUCAUCUUGGACCUCUUAAAAUGAAUACAAUGGAAGGAAAAAACACAGAUCUUUCGCAGAACGAGGAUAACGACGAGGACGAGAAGCUAAGGGAAUUAUCUUUUAGCUUUGUGCGGGGUUCAGAUCCAAGAGCUGCCACAUGUCGAAGCAAACUUCAAAACAGGCGCUGCAAAUUAAACAAAGAGAUAAACAAGGAACUCCGCCUUCGAGCUGGUGCUGAGAACCUCUACAAAGCCACAUCAAAUCGUAAACUGCGGGACACAGUUGCCUUAGAACUCAGCUUCGUCAAUUCAAAUUUGCAAUUGUUAAAGGAGCAGUUGGCUGAAUUGAAUUCUUCGGUGGAAAUCUAUCAAAGCGAAAGUCAUAAUGGAAUAAUGCCUAUGAUACCAUUGGGUCUCAAGGAAACCAAGGAAAUCAAUUUUAUGGAACCGUUUUCGGACUUUAUAUUGGAACACUACAGCGAAGAGCCGUCAAUGUAUAUAGACGCUAUAGCGGAUAUGACAGAUACGAGACAAGCCUCCAAAACCCCAUCACGUGAUGCCCUUGGAGUGGCAUUACUGUUUCGCUACUACAACACAUUGUAUUACGUGGAGCGCCGGUUCUUUCCACCGGAUCGUAAUUUGGGCGUGUACUUUGAGUGGUACGAUUCCCUGACGGGAGUUCCCUCGUGCCAGCGGACAAUCGCCUUCGAGAAGGCGUGCACUCUGUUCAAUCUCGGUGGAAUAUAUACCCAAAUUGGGGCUCGACACGAUCGCACCACCGAAAGAGGUCUCGACCUGGCCGUGGAUAGUUUCCUGCGUGCUGCGGGUGUAUUUCGCCACAUCUACGAUACGUUCACGAAUGCCCCUUCGAUGGAUCUGAAACCGCAGGUCCUGGAUGUCCUCGUAUCGCUCAUGCUUUCGCAGGCUCGAGAAUGCCUAUUUGAGAAAUUGCAGCUACAAAUUGAGGCGAUAGGUCCCUCCGAUUGUAGUAGUUUCGAUUCUCAGUCGUUUGGCGAUUUGGCAGGAGAAGCUGCUCAAAUAUCGCACGAGUACAAUGAAAUGCACAAAAAUAUCCAGGCAAACGAUACACACACCUAUUUGCCGGAAUGUUGGGCUGGCUUGGUGCCAGUCAAAGCGGAACUCUAUAAAGCUUUUGCCCAUUUCUACAAGGCACGCAGCAUAGAUGCCACGGAUGAGCUUAAGGUUUCCACAAAAAAGAGCCCAGCUAAAUUAUCUACGGAAUCGUUUAUUGGCAAUUCCCAGGAGGUGGAGAGGAUCACCGAUAGUUACGGAACCAGCGAAGAAACCGCCACUUCCAUUGCAAACAAGCUGGCUCAUUUAAAGGAAGCUUUGGCCAGCAACGAGGAGGCCCAACGUCUGCAGCGUAUGUGCCGAUAUCUAAAGAAUAAGACAUCGCUCACGGAAGUCAUGAAGGAGUUGCACUCCAAAUCGCAGGAGGAAUACGACAAAUUCAGAUUGCAGGCAUCGGCCAAUAAUAUUGAAGAGGGUGAUCUAUUGGAGCGAGUCGUUGAAGCUUCCUCGAAAUUCACGUUAUCCUUGACGGGACCCGAUUUCACAUCGCACAAAGUAAAGGAUCCCUUUAAGCGCCUCGGACCGAUUGCAAUAUUUUCCGCGCGACGUCAUUGGACUGCGCCUCGAUGUGUCCGCUUGCAAAAGGGAUCCUCCCUUUAUCACAGCGUACCCUCCAACAAUAACAAAUGUCCUUUGGACAACGACGACGAGGAGCCCGACGGGGGAUACAACCUUUAUAAAGAAGAGUUCGAGAACUUUGGCUUCCAUGUGCGCGGCGAUGCUCCAGUCAUUAUUGCGCACGUUGAGAUUAAUUCACUGGCUGAUCUGGGCGGCAUCAAGGAAGGAGACUUCAUAGUCGAAAUAGCAGGCAUGGAUGUCAAGUGGUACUCCCAUCAGCAAGUUGUUCAGCUUAUUCAGUCUUGCGGCUCAACACUCGAAUUGAGAGUCAUAACGCCCAUGGAUCGCAAUUAUUUGAAGCCAUUGUCGUCGAAAGGUUCAUUGUCAACUUUAUCAGCGGCCAGUUCAUCGGGUAUUUCAUCUGGAUUUCCCAGCCCCACAAGUAUUGCGGCAAAGCCCAAACUUCACCUGAAGACAUCGUCCAAUUCCCGUCCCGCUGGCAGCGUUUCAUCUAGUUCGUGGAAUCCCUUUCGCCGAACUCCGAGCUUAGCUAAAAUAUUUUAAGUAGCUACCAGUUUUAUUUUAUGUUUUUUUGCUAUUGAGGCAAUGGCCAUUUCACGUUAAAAAUAAUGUUGUGAAGCUAAUGUUAAGCAAUAAACUUAAUUAUUUUUUAAAAACUUUAA